AUGGCCGGACCUCCAGAAAAGGGGUCAGAGUCGUCAGGUCGUGCCAGAAAGAAACGCUGGCAUCAUAAAAAUUUCAGCGGUUGUAUCAAAUGUAAACAGAGACAUGUCAAGUGUGAUGAACGGAAGCCGUCGUGUGAGAGAUGUCUCAAAUUGGGUAUUACAUGCCCGGGAUAUCGGCUUCCCAAGGUACGGAUUUUCCAGAUAGAAGCCGGACCGCAGUUCAAGUCCAACGAGGAAAGGGCGAACUAUGACUAUUUUGUCCGAAGUGGCUCGAAGAUCCUCUCACUCUAUCAGAUCUCCUCUCUCCCCUUCUGGACUAGACUUGCGCCCCAGCUUGCGGAAACCAAUGCCGCUGUGAAGAAUGGUUUAGUGGCUCUCGGAGCUCUCUUAAGGCCGUUUCACCAUCAAUCAGCAGAAGUACUCGCGACGAGGAAAGAGACCAGCCUCGGGAUCUCACCAUUGGUAUUCCACCACCUGACAGAGGCCGUCAAUCAUCUCAGAAUGGCAGACCCCGGCUCGCUUUCGGCCGAAACGUCAAUAACUUGCUGCAUCUUAUUUUCAACUCUUGUCAUGUGGAUCGACAAGAAUACAUCUCCCACGGUACACAUCCUAGCUGCGCACCGGAUUCUCAGAGAGAAAGCUGAAUUCCACGGCAACACCGAAAGUUUGGAAAUCCUUACCUUCCUCAUUAACGAGCUCCUGGUUCACGCCUGUACUUUCUCGGACAAUUUUCCACCAUUGACUUCGGGAUUAUUGUCCAAUUACCAGCUCGACAAUGGUCUGGAGAAGAUCCACACCAUCUCCACAUGGAUCGAAGCUCUAGAUGGAAUGGCUCUGCUUUUGAAAUCAAUCUUUCGGGCCACUUGUACGUUCAUUGUCGCCUCUGAUAUCGUCAUGGAGAAGAUCGUGCGCGCGCUGGACAUGUACGAAGUCAAACUGAAGCAACUUCGCGCAGAGGGCGGUCUUGUGCAAGAGUAUUCGCAUCUUCAGGCACACUAUCGUGUGGCCCGUAUUAUGUUUCAUACAUUUGGGCACAACGACGAAUGGAGAUACGACGGCUUCCACUCGGAUUUCCGUUUCAUCUUGGAACGAUUCGAGACAAUCAUGGGCAGACGGCCGGCGUCGACAGAGAACACCCCUACGUUGAAACCCACUCUUGGCUGGAUACCAGCUUUGUUCUUCGUUGCCACCAAGUGCCGUGAUCAUGACUUUCGUCAACGAGCACUGUCCAUGCUCCAUAGUGUAACGAGGAACGAACGUGGCUGGACUAGCUGCAUGGCGACCACGAUUGCGAGGUUCGUGGUUGAGAAGGAAUCCCAGGUCAUCGUGUCAAACCUUCAAGACCAUCCAAAGUCGCCUCCGUCUACUCAUUUCCCGCAAAGGAUCCAGCUAGAAGAAGUGACAUUUUCAAGUCGCAGCCGGAAGAUCUACCUAGCAUACUCGGUCCUUACCAAGGCGGGACGAGACCGCGAGGGCUCUGUCACCAGCUUGCCCUACUGUCCUCAUCCGUCCGUGGAGAACGAUGGUGUUACAUGUGCCAUGUCGCGCAAGAUUCUACGGCAUUGCGGAUAUACGGGUAUCAUGCUAUUCACCCCUCAGAUUGACUGUCACUGUGUCCCAACCCACAAACCGGUAGCGGCUGCUGGUAGGAAGGAUGAAGUUGCUUGUCCAGAUCCCUGUCAGAUUCAGCAUCCCCAUCUCUCAGAAGAGUCUCUGCGCUCGAGAAGCCUAAGUGGCCAAUUGAUUUAG